UGUGGUUAAAAGAGAGAGAAGCACAACGCCACCUCCAUCUCACUUCCUUUCAUGUGAACUGCUCUCACUAACAGGAAAACAAAACCUAAUGUUCUGACAUAACAGGUCAUCACCUCAUCAAUCAUUGUCCAUUAAAGCUCUCUGAUUCUUCCCCAUGAAAGCAAAUCAAAGAGCUUAUUUUUAAUAAAAUCACAUUCAUAUUUACUUCAUAUUAGAUAUUAGAACUUUGAUUUAAUAGAAAACCCUCAUACUGAUGAGUGAAGAGGAAACCACAGUCACAGAGGGAGGAGGAAGAGGAGGGUGUGCAUAGAAACUGAUCACUUAGAAAAUUUUAACUUACCAAGUGUGAAGAUGGGGGAAGUUUCUGUGCUGCGGCUGCUCUACGAUGUCAUAUCUCACCUGCUUCACACAUCCCUGAGUCACCUGGACACUGGCAGAGGGAAUUAUGUCAGGAUGCUGUUCGUGGACUACAGUUAAGCAUUCAACACAAUAAUUCCCUCUAAGCUUUUCACCAAGUUGACGGAUCUAGGACUCAGCUCAUCACUGUGUCAGUGGAUCCUCAACUUCCUCACAGACAGACCCCAAUCAGUGAGGGUGGGAAAACAAGUCUCCCCCUCCAUCUCACUCAGCACUGGAGUGCCUCAGGGCUGUGUUUUAAGCCCCCUGCUGUACUGUACACUGUACACUUAUGACUGUGUAGCCACAUCAGACACCACCUCCAUUGUCAAGUUUGCUGAUGACACUGUUGUUGUGGGCCUGAUCUCUGACAACAUCGAGACGGCCUACCUGGAGGAGAUUAGGAACCCGGAGAACUGGUGCCAGGAGAAUAACCUCCUCCUAAACGUCAGCAAGACUAAGGAGCUGAUCGUGGACUUCACUACAAAGCAGGCGAGGAAUUACAAGCCCCUCAUCAUCAGUGGCACACCAGUGGAGAGAGUGGACAGUUUCCAAUGGGUGUCCACAUCACUCAGGACCUGUCAUGGUCCUGUCACAUCAACACCCUGGUUAAGAAAGCCCGUCAGCGUCUCUUCUUCCUCAGAAGACUUAGAGACUUCUAUCUGCCACUGAGGGCGCUCAAGAACUUUUACUCCUGCACCAUCGAGAGCGUCCUGACGGCAAACAUCUGCACCUGGUUUGGGAACAGCACCAAGCAUGACAGACGAGAUCUGCAAAGAGUGGUGCGCUCGGCCGAACGCAUCAUUCAAGCAGAGCUCCCUGACCUGCUGUCCAUCUACACCAAGCGGUGCAAGACCAAAGCUAGGAAGAUUAUGAUGGACCUCUCCCAUCCCAACAAUGGACUCUUCUCACUGUUGAGGUCUGGGAAGCGCUUCCGCUCCCUUAAGGCCAAAACAGAGAGAAUGAGGAGUAGCUUCUUCCCCCAGGCUAUUCGGGCCCUGAACCAGGUGUAGGACUGGACUCUCCCACACACAUCACUAUAAAACUGGACUCUCACACAUCACAUCACCACACGCACUCUGGUUUUCUUUAUGCACACUUCCUAUAUUUUAUAAUCUUUAUAAUCUCUUCCUGCUAUUUGCACAUUUUUUUUACUGUAAAUUUCUAAGUUAAUUUGUAAAUUUUUGUAGUAACCUGUAAAUUGUAAAUACUGUAAAACCACUGUCAUUUAAUGGUCGGGCAUGGCAGAGCUACAAGCAUUUCACCCCCAUGUCAUACUGUGUAUGGUUGUGUGUGUGUGACAAAUAAAAUUUGAAUUUGAAUUUUAAUACAUUUUAAUACUGUU